CACUGCAAAUUUAAGUGGUGCUGCCAAGUGGAGUGCAAGACUUGCGUCAGAUCGACGGACAUACACACAUGUAAAUAGGUUCUCUUUGGCUGGAUUGAUACUUAUCGGCAAAGACCGUUGUUCCCGGCAAGGAUAUAGACCCAAGAGAAAGAACUCCAAUAACAAGAAAUAUGUCAAAAAGCAAUAUAAAUAAACAGUCUGACUCGAUUUCGAACAAUGGUGAUGCCCGAAGAAACAAUGUAAAUAAGGGUACUUACUAUAAAUAUAGGACCAAAUUAUACGGUAGUGAUGAAAUAACUUCAGAAAACAGAUUAUUUACGUCAAAUAAUAAUUCACAAUAUAGAAACAAGAGACCGGAAUCUGUAUUUCCCAAUUUCAAAAGCAGUGAAAGAAGUUACUCUGCCAGUUACACAUCUAGAUCAGCAGCUAGUGAUGGCAACAAUAGUCGUGAACGUAAUCUAACUAAAUCUAAAUUGAAUUCUGUGUUAAAAAGACCCGAAUCUAUAGAUUUAAAAUUAAAUUUAAGCACUAAUAGGAUGUAUCCGUAUGGUAAUCAAAACACUGAUUAUAAAAAAGGCUAUAGCACAGUUAAAUCUAAAGUUGACUCGGGAUUAAAACGGCCAGAAUCACUAGACCUCAAACUAGAUCUAAAUCCUCUGUUUAGUGACAGAUCGUCAUGCAGCUGGUACAGUACCUCCGACAAUAGCCAAUCAAGUAAAUGCGAUAAAAAAGUAUACAAAUUAAAUUUAGGACAAAGAGAUGACAGAACUUACACUUCUAUAUAUAGUGCAAGAACCACCUACAGCGAGUUGCCAGAAAAUCAAAUAUCUAAAACAGUGUGUGACAGUGGAGAUAACUUCUACUCAAAACAGAAAAGCAAAUCUCAUACUGCAAGAAAUACACCGAUGCCGAGACCAACAUUAUUAAGUGCGAAAAGAGAAGAACAACAAGCAAAAAAGAAACUUGAGGCCCUUGCUUCUUCCAAAAAUACUAAACCUCCUCCAGGAAGAUUGAGAAAUUCAAAAACAGAAAGAUCUCUCCUUGCCUCAAAUGCUGAAACUCAAAAACUUAAUGUGCCUAAAACUACAAGAACGCCUAGAAAUACUCCGGUUGACACAAACAAGAAAUUAAUUAAAAAAGAAUCUAGGACAAAAAGUGAAUCUACGGCUAAAAAUGAACCCACAACCACGAAUUUCCAUUUGGUUAAAAACGCAUCAACAUCAAAAAUUCCUGUUAGAUCAACGGCAAGUCGUACAAAGAGGAAUUCUGUUGAAAAAUCCUGCGAGAUGAAAGAAGUAAUUCAACCUGAAGGGGACACGGGCCACAAGCCACUACAAACUAUGCUAAACAGACUACAUGCAUUGAAUAAUAAAUCAAAAGCAGACGCACAAGCCAGACAAAAAAUGGUCAAAAAUGAAAAUGAAAAAGUGUUGCAAAAGCCGGUGUCGAAGUCCGGACCUCGAGAUUACAAAACGCAGCAACCUAGUACAAGUGUGUAUAAUAAAACAGGAAAUAAAUUACAAAAGGAGGCGCAAAAUGGAAGUAAUAAAAUAAAUUCGCGUGCUCCUAGACCCUUACCUAAACCAGAACGAAGUGGACUACGACCAAGCAAAAACAAUAAAAAGAAGCCAGCACCUAGAACAGAUCCGUCUGAAGCAACCAGACAAGCAGCGCAGGCUGCCUUGGCUCGUGUCAGCCAGGUCAAAGAUUCUGCAUUUAACACGUCUCUUGCGGCGAUUCAGGCCCAAGUCCGUAGAGAACUUGAGAACGAAAAGGGAUCUGUCAUUCAGGAGAACUUCAUCCCUCAGAGAAAACCUGAAGAAACUGAAUUAGAGGCUUCACCGCAUCUGGCUGUCAAGGGUGUGUACUUUCGGUGUCCAUUUGUAAGUGAAGAGGUUCUAAGCAGAGAUGAAUGGAAAGUAAAAAUACAAGAAUUUUUAUACCAGCAAUUAGAAGACGAGAAAGGAUUAACUUCAUGCUUGAUCAUCCAUUCAUGUAACUACAAUAGAAUGAAGGUGGAAGAGUGUGUAGCAACAUUAUGUCGUUACUUGGAUAACAUCAUUGCAAAACCAGAGGAAGACAAGUAUCACAAAAUACGUUGUCAAAAUGCGACUUAUCUAGACAAAGUUCAGCCUAUACUUGGGACAGAUGAAUUUCUAGAAUCUACAGGGUUUAGAAAAACUCUACUGGACCAUAAUGGAAGCAAAGAAUUUUUCUGGCUUUGGUCCCUUGAUAAUGUGGAGAGUAUAGAAGUGUUAAAGUCUCUUCGAGAGACGCUUACAUCAGGCGACAGAGUUGAAUUAGAGAUAGAUAGGAACAUCCAGGUGCUAUCUCCUGUUCAGGCUACAUCCAGAAUUGAACUGCCACAAGACUUUUUUGCCAUAUCUCCUGAAGAAUUGAAAAAGGAACAACAAUUGAGGAAGGAGAAUGCAGAGAAACAAUUGCAGUUAAGGACCAAAGCGAUGCGCGAAAAGGAUGAAUUGAGGGAAAUUAGAAAAUACAAAUUUGCCCUUAUAAGGAUUCGUUUUCCCGACGGACUAUACUUACAGGGGACAUUUUCUGUAUAUGAAAAGUUCAGUGAAGUGCUUGAAUUUGUUAGGGAAAACUUGGACAUGGAUGCCCCAUUUGAAUUGAGCACCGCAACAGGCCAGAAAUUUGGAAACGAAGAAGCAGAAAGUAGUCUAGUCGAUCUGCGGUUGGUUCCCGCAACAAUAUUGAUAUUCAAAUGGGACAAGUCAAUAGAGGAAGAUAUUGCUUUAUCUGGAAAUAAUACAUUCUUGAAACCUGAAAUAAUGAUAUUGAUGCAAUCCACCUAGUUACACCAUAUUCUAGAAUGUAAUUUAUUUUCUUAAGAGUGAAUUUUGCUUAUAUUUUAUAUUCUACACCAAAAGCAAGGUUGAUUAAUUUUAAAAUUAUGGCUGUCAACAAAAGCUAGUUAUCAUUAUAUAAAUAUUUUUCUAAUUUUAGAAAACGAACUAUCACUAUAUAUUAUUUAUUGUAAAAUUUAUCACCCAUUAAUGUUAAUCUAUGUUAAUAUAAUAAAAUGCAUAUUAUAAAAA